CAGUCAUCGCCUGCCACGCGUCAACUUCACACUCGCCUAAUUGCAACUUGACUUCACUUCGCACGUGUCUCCCCACACGUGUAAUGCUAUAUCAUAAUAAUUACCUUGGCUUCUAAUCGAAUCCUGAGAACAGAGAAAGCUUCCAUAGACUCGAAGAUACGAAAGCCCUUCAAUUUUAAACCCUAAUCUCGCUCUCUUUCUCUCUCUCGUCCGAAUCAAAUCCGAUUGUCGUGGUGGGAGGAGAAGCGAAGCCCUAAUUUUUCUCAGACGCCGUUCGUACGAGUUUGGGACCGAAAGGAAUGGACAAGAUGAUUUCCACGGUGAACGGCGAGGUAAUCAUUACUAACGAUGGAGCUACGAUCCUCAACAAGAUGGAGGUUUUGCAGCCAGCGACGAAUAUUUUAGUCGAGCUUUCCAAAUCUCAAGAUUCAGCCGCCGGAGAUGGGACUACAACCGUCGUCGUAAUCGCCGGUGCGCUUCUCAAGGAGUGUCAAUCGCUUCUCUCAAAUGGGAUCCACCCUACUGUCAUCUCAGACUCGCUUCACAAGGCUUGUGCUAAGGCGAUUAUAUCUUGACGGCCAUGGCUGUUCCGGUGGAGGCUGUGGAGCUCACUGAUCGAGAUUCACUUGUUAAAUCUGCGAGCACGUCGCUUAACAGUAAGGUUGUUAGUCAGUACCCUACAUUGCUUGCUCCUUUAGCUGUAGAUGCGGUUCUCUCUGUUAUAGAUCCGGAAAAGCCAGAGAUUGUGGUUUUAUGUGUUGUGUUAGAAUCAAAAGAGUUUUCUAUA